AUGGAGGGCGAGAUGCAGCCGGCCGAGGAGGGGCCGAGCGGCCCCAAGAUCUACAAGCAGCGCGGCCCCUACAGCGUGCUCAAGACGUUCCCGGGCAAGAGGCCCGCGCUGGCCAAGCGCUUCGAGCGCCCCGCCCUGCUGGAGCCGCCGCCCGCGCGCCCGCCGCCCUUUGCGCCGCCCGCCGCGGCGCCCCUCGGCGGCAGCGAGCCUUCCCGGCGCCCGGCGCCCACCGCCGCGCGGCCGCCGCCGCCGCGCCUCGUCGUCGUCGGCCGUCCCGCGCGCCCCAGGCCACCUGCGGGCCCCGCGCCGCCGCCCGCGUCGCCCGCCGCGCCCUCGUCCUCGUCCUUCGCCGCCGUCGUCCGGUUCGGCCCAGGCCCGGCGGGCGCGGGCGCGGGCGGCGACGGCUCGAGCCUGGAGCUCAGCGCAGAGAGCCGGAUGAUCCUGGACGCCUUCGCCCAGCAGUGCAGCCGGGUCCUCAGCCUCCUAAACUGCGGAGGGAAGCUUCUGGACUCCAGCCACCCUCCAUCUCUGGUGUCUUGUGUCAAGCAGGAAGGCUCAGGCUACGGCGAAAGGCAGGAGCAGCAGCACUGCCACCUGGGGAAAGGGCUGCACAGCCAGAGCCCGGACGGCCCGGACGCGGAGAUGCAAUACGUGCAAAGGAAGCAGAGGACUUCCGCCUUCCUGAGGGUUUUCACCGACUCUCUGCAGAGCUACCUGCUCUCGGGGAGCUUCCCGGCCCCCAGCGCCUCCUCGGCCGGCGAGUACGGCCACCUGGCCGACGUGGACCCUCUCUCCACCUCCCCCGUGCACACCCUCGGGGGCUGGGCCUCCCCGGCAACCUCUGAGUCCCACGGCCACCCGUCCUCGUCUACGCUGCCGGAGGAGGAGGAAGAGGAGGAGGAGGAGGAGGAGGAAGGCUACUGUCCCCGGUGCCAGGAGCUGGAGCAGGAGGUCAUUUCCCUGCAGCAAGAGAAUGAAGAGCUCAGAAGGAAACUGGAGAGCAUCCCAGUGCCCUGCCAGACGGUUCUCGAUUACUUGAAGACGGUCCUGCAGCACCACAACCAGCUCCUCGCCCCGCAGCCAGCCGACCAGCCGACCGAGGGGAGCAAGCAGCUGCUGAGCAACUACCCCGUGUACAUCACGAGCAAACAGUGGGACGAGGCCGUGAACUCCUCCAAGAAGGACGGCAGGCGGCUGCUGCGGUACCUCAUCCGAUUUGUCUUCACCACCGACGAGCUUAAGUACUCAUGCGGCCUCGGGAAAAGGAAAAGGUCAGUGCAGUCAGGAGAGCCGGGUCCGGAAAGACGCCCUCUGGAUCCAGUUAAAGUAACAUGCCUCCGAGGUACUGCACCCUUCCGCCCAGCGUGUCCAUCCCUGCUCUCAUUUCACCGCAUUGGCCGCGGCCCCCGCGCCGGGGCUCGGCCCUCCCGCGAUGUGGUUUCUUCCCGCUAGCAGCCGUCGGGCUCCAAGCGGCCCAUCCACCCGGUGUCCAGAAGCUCUUUUUUUUAAAAAGAGCCUCCGUUGGCUGU